AUGCGGCUGUCCCUCUUCUCCGCCUUGCUGGCGCUAACUGCGGUCGGCCCCAGCAAUGGUAACUCCAACCUUACCUUUUUCGGCGCCCCGCGCGCUUCUCUCGACGGCGUUCUCUCUGUGCUCAGCAUUGAAGAGGACUACAUUCUUCGGCAAACCGACAGUGUCUCCAACACGUCCUUUGGCGCAGCUGGUCCACUCCAGUGUAGCGCCUCCAACCCGUGUGCUGAUGGUAGCUGCUGCAACUCCCAAGGUCAAUGCGGCUUCCGCGACGAACACUGCAAGAGCAACUGCGUUGCCAACUGCGAUGCUACGGCCCCCUGCGGCGUGAACAGCAAAGGUGGCUCUCGGACUUGCCCACUGAACGUCUGCUGCUCAUACUUCGGUUUUUGCGGCGCUUCAGAGGCUUUCUGUCGCGACACCACCGCCUCUGGCGAGAGCACGCCCUGCCAGAAGCAAUUCGGCAAGUGCGGCACUGUCACCACGCAGUCAACUCCCACGUGUGGUAAGGAUAGCGGUACAGCUUCCCGCAAGGUCGCCUAUUACGAGGGCUGCGGGAACACUCGACGUAGGCCCUGCGACAAGGUUUGGCCAGCCAACAUCGACACGGCCGGACUGACGCACCUGAUCUUCUCGUUCGCCACCAUCGACCCCACGACCUUCGCUGUUAGCCCCAUGCACCCUGACGACGAGAAGCUCUACGCAGACUUCCUCGCCCUCAAGGAUGGCUCCAAGAAGUGGAUCGGCAUUGGCGGUUGGGAAUUCUCUGACGCCGGCGCCACUCGUUACACGUGGUCGCAGAUGGUAAGCGCCAAGGCCAACCGUGGCGCUUUCAUUGCCUCACUGCUUCGGUUCCUCGACAAGUGGAAGUUCCAGGGUGUCGACAUUGACUGGGAGUGGCCUGGCGCCGAGAGCCGUGGUGGAAAUCCCGCCAUUGACAAGCAGAACCAAGUCGACCUCACGAAGGAGCUCCGCGAGGCUCUAGGCUCACGUGGUCUUUCUGUCGUUCUUCCAGCACAAUAUGAGUACUUGAAGAACAUCGACCCGAAGGCGCUCGAAGCCCAGGUCGAUAGUUUCAAUGUCUUGGCGUACGAUCUCCACGGUCUCUGGGAUGCCACCAUUCCUGGCUUAGGCGCCCGCGUCAAGCCGCACACCGAUCUGAAGGAAAUCGCCACCGCCCUCGACUUGUUCUGGUUCAACGACGUGAAUCCCUCCAAGAUCAACCUAGGUAUCGCCAAUUACGGUCGCGGAUACACUCUUGAAGACGCCAGCUGCGCGCGGUACGAUUGCCCGUGGACUGGUCCUUCCAACGCCGGCGAAUGCACCGAGCUCGCAGGUGUCCUGUCGCAGUGCGAGAUCCAGCGGAUCAUUAGGCAGAAGAAUCUGAAGCCUGAGAUCAUCGAUGGCGGCGCGGGUGUCAAGCAGAUUGUCUUUGAUGGGCAGUGGGUUGGCUACGAUGACAACGAGACUCUGGGCCUGAAGAUGGAGCUCGCCAACAACCGCUGCCUUGGUGGUACGACGCUGUGGGCUAUCGACUACGCUUCUUGCGGCGGCGGCGGU